CGGUCUGUUGCUAGCGACGUUGUUAGCUACGGGUGUCCGGCCCGAGAGCUCGGAGCCCCGGGUAGCGAACCUAAUCUGUCCAGAAUGAGAACUUGGAGCGCCGGAGAACCGAACUGAAUUUGUCCAGAAUGAGAGGUGGGAGUCCCGGGAGACUGCCUGAACUCUGCCCAGCCGGAGGGCUCUGAGCCGGGGAACUGAACCGAUCCCGUCCGGCCAGAGAGCGUCGAGCUUUUGGGAGAACCUACACCCAUCGUGGCUUCAGGACUACCGAAGGCAGGAAGGCUGACCGCCGUGAUGGCGACCAGAACCGGGGCAGGCAACGGCAGUGUUGCGGUGAGCUCCGCGGGACCCGAACCGACCGCUGGACAGGAGACGGACGGCGAACCUUUCGAGGACCUGGAGUUCAGCACCGAGGUGGUCUACAGCGGCUCGGAUCAGGACUCGGAGUCCGGGGACGACGAGGACGCCGUGGGUUCCGGCGGGGACCGCAGGGGCGUGAAGCGGGAGCGGAGCGAGCACGGUCAAUCUGGCCGGUCCUCCGGGGGCCCGAACCGGGCUUACAGCGGCGGAAACUCCGCGCUGUCAGGAGCCAAACCCGGGAAGAAGACCCGAGGGCGGGUCAAGAUCAAGAUGGAGUUCAUCGACAACAAGCUGCGGCGGUACACGACGUUCAGCAAGAGGAAGACCGGCAUCAUGAAGAAGGCCUACGAACUGUCCACCCUGACUGGGACCCAGGUUCUGCUGCUGGUGGCCAGUGAGACGGGUCACGUUUACACCUUCGCCACCAGGAAGCUGCAGCCAAUGAUCACCUCGGAGACGGGCAAGGCGCUGAUCCAGACCUGCCUCAACUCGCCUGACUCGCCGCCGCGCGCCGACCCGUCCGGCGACCAGCGCAUGAGCGCCACCGGCUUCGAGGAGACCGACCUGACCUACCAGGUGGCCGAGGCGGACGCCGCCGCCGAGGGCGCCAAGGAUCCGGUGAAGCCGGCCUUCGGCCCGCCUUCCUCCUCUUCCUCAGGCCCCCUGCAGAGCGGCGCCCCCUCCUGGCAGCCUCCGGCCUCCUCCAGCAACGGCGCAGUGCUGAAGACUCCUGCAGGAGUGGUUCUCCCUGGAGGACUCACCUUGAUGUCAGGUGCCCAGCUGCCCCCCGGCACCCACACCAUCCCCCUCAGCCAGCUGCAGGGCCCCGCCCCCGCGCUCCAGGCUCCACCCACUCAGCCGGCCACGCUGCUCCGCCUCCCCGCUACCGUUUCUCUGACAGGAGGCGGAGUCUCUCAGCAGCUGCAGACCAUUCAGGUUCAGCCCAGUAGUCAGCAAACAUCCAAUCACAGCGGCUCUGACACACGCAGCCCCGCCUCCUCCACAGCUGGUCUCUCUGUGGUCUCUUCUUCCUCCUCCUCUUCCUCCACGGCGAGUCACAUGAUGUAUCCUGGCGGUCCCACUGUGAUGUACGCCACGUCCAGCCCCUCUCUGGCCGACGGCGGCUUGGCCGUCCUCAACGCCUUCCCCGCCGGCCACACCCCGUCCCAUGACCCAGGUGCGGUCCAGCAGGUCUUCCUCACAUCUCUUCCUCCGGUUGCUGCUCAGAUCCCGGUUUCUGCUGUGCAGCUGCACCCGAUGGUGAUCGGUGCGCCCGGCGGUGGUGGCAGCCUGGCGGAGCUGCAGGUGGUCAGUCUGGACAUUCAUCAGUCCAAGGAGGACUGAAGGUCAUGUGACCUCAUCACCCGUCGCUCCUUAGUGUCACAUGAUGCAGGUUCCAUCUGAAGGAAUCCUUUCCACUGGACUGAUGACUACGUAAAUUAUACAGGAAGUUUUCAAAAUAAAAGCCUCGAUAGAGGCUGGAAAAUGAUGUCAUCAUGAUGUCAGGCCGCCACAGACCUGAAGGUGAGCAAACUUUAUUUACACACUGCUGUUUGACGGACAACAUGCCUGAAACCAGCAGUGACCCAGUUCAGAACUGGUUCAGGGACUGGGAGGAAACUGUUCUGGCCCAGUUCUGACUGCUGAGUGAAGAAGAGCAGCUUCACUGAUGAUGCAGCAGAAUGGAUCAGUGCAUGGUUCUGAUAAUUCUUCUCUGGCCCGGUUCUGACCCAAACAGCUGAUCAGGUUUACAUGAAGACUGCUGUGUUUUUACUGAAACGAAUAAAGUUUUUAUUGCUUCUGGAAACUUA